CAUUGCGCAUGCGUAUACUCGUGAAUCCUAAAGCUGUAUGCACUUCAUUGACAGUAAUAAUAAUGUACAAAUUAAGCACGCUGUGUUGACGGAUGGAGCUCUUUUGGAAUUAUCCAAAGCCAUCAGCAAACACGGCCAGGUCUUCACUAUAUAGGAUGCAUCAAGCGCAAACCUCACAUUGAUAAGUAACAGAGGGACGUUUAAGAAGCUGGCUAACGCAAGGCAAAGCCCUCAAGGCCUACAAGCAACAGAUUUCGAAUAAGAUAAGAGGAAGCAGGAGAUUGGAGAUCCUUUACUAUUCCAUCUGCACCAAGUGACCUGAAAGUUUGACGGAGAUGAAUGCGCUAGUGGUUGGCUUCUUAAUUCUUGGACUACAGAUUACCGGGUGUUUCGCUCUAUGGGGAAACUUACAGAUGUCAUUUCGACCCAAUCCGAAGGCCAAUCUCAAUACUAUUUGCAAAAGAACUCAGUCUGUUCUGCAGGGUAAUUCAGAUUUUUGCACGUCUAAGCCGGAGCUCGUAAAAACAGUGAUGAAGGGCAUCGCAAUAGCUGUAAACGAGUGCCAAAUCAAGUUUGCCUCUCGAAAAUGGAACUGUUCGACAGUCAAGAGAUCGAUUAGAAGAAUACUCCAACAUGAUUAUCGUGAAACUGCUUUUGUAUUUGCCAUCGCCUCGGCGGGAAUUACGUAUUCUGUGAGCAAGGCCUGCUCGGAAGGUGACCUCGAAGGUUGUUACUGCCGCGGAAAGCAAGUCGUCGGUAACUCUAACAGUUUGAUCACAGAAAACGCCGUGCUUGAAAGACGCUCUUUAGAUCAACGAGAAUUCGAGCGCAAGGGAUGUCAAGCGAGCUUUGUCGAAUUUGGAUACCAAAUUGCCAAACAGUUCAUGGACCAAGGAAAUAACAAAGAUGCCAAGGCUUUGGUCACGAGGCACAACAACGAGGCCGGAAGAUUGGCUGUCAAAAAUCAUAUGCAUAAAAGAUGUCGCUGCCAUGGGCUCUCCCAAGUCUGUACUCAUAAAACGUGCUGGAAUGAGCUAGCUUCCUUCUACUCAACAAGUGAUAGAAUCAAGACUCACUUUGAUGGUGCAAUCAAAGUGUAUGCAGACAACAAGGGAGAAAGCUUAAUGGCCGAGGAACCUACUGUCAAGCCACCGACUUCUGAGGACCUUAUCUACACGACCAAGUCUCCAAAUUUUUGUGUAAGAGAAAAAGAGACGGGAACUCUAGGGACAAAGGGAAGAACCUGCAAUGUCACUAGCUUGGGAACCGGAGGCUGUGAUUUACUUUGCUGCGAUAGAGGAUACGAGAGUAAGAAUGUAGUGGAAUAUGUGAAUUGUGAGUGCACAUUUCACUGGUGCUGUGAAGUACGAUGCAAAACCUGCCGUAAAGAGAGAACAGUCCACACCUGCUUAUAAUCGCAGCGAAAGUUUCAGUGAACAACCACGGCCCUGAACUAAUAGAAGUCUGUUCGACUAUUUAUAAAAGCUGGUUUUCAUCAGACCCCAAAUGACAAAAAUACACAGCCAGACGAUGUAGUAAAUUUCAAAUAUUUUGAAAACUUUCUUUUUACUAAUAGAGUAAUCAACUGGUCGCGUUGAUUAGCUACAGGGUCAAUAGACGCUCGUACGAACAGUAUGAACCCCGGAGCGAAUUUCGUGCGGUAAAAUAAGAAUAAGCCAUGUCAGUAUGCAAAGCAUGUAUUUUGAGGCGAGCAUAAUUCUGCUCUUGAAAAAAAUGGGAAUACGUAAAUGAAAUUGUACAUUCAUGCCCUGCUAAUCACGUUAUAGCAGAAUAAAUGAUUUUAUUCAAUUCAGUCCUAAAAGUAACCACUCAGGAGAGACAUGGGCAGCACCUUUGAAAAAAGAAAGCGAGAUUAAGAAAAUCCCACUUGAUAGUAAUAUCUUUCAAGUGGUGGCAGUGAUCUUGGAUCUUUAAACAGCUAGGUAUCUCCUCGCCGCGUUUAUAUUAAACACAGCGGCUCAAACAGCAGGUACCUCACAGUGCGACCACAGCGAUGCAAUAGCUUUACUCAGCCAUAUCCGUUAAUAUCAGCUAUUCUAAAGGCCACAUGGGGAUAGACCGUUUAUUAAACCAUUAGGUUAAGUAAGUGUGAAUAUCGAGUAGAACUACUUUCCCAUUGCUGUAUCCAAGCAGAAACUCACAAAGCUGUAGAUUAGACUUGAAUGGAAGAGGCCACCCAGUUCAAUGAGYAGUGAGUGGUCAGGAAACGUAUGAAGUGUUGGGUUUAGAGCCGCUUGUGUGUUAUGAUAACAAUUAAGUGGCAACUGAUAGUUCAGUAUAUCGCGCUCGUGCAUGGCGGGAAGUCCGUUUUUAAUAUCGCGCCUACAAAGACCUUUUUCAGGCUCCCUAUAUCUUCUGAACAAAGAAAGCUAUUUGAAUGCUGAGUUGCCGUUUUUGUCUUUGGGGACUUCAAAGCGAGAAAUUUAAUUAAAUAAGCUAAGCAAUGAUUAAAUUUUAAUUUAAGACGUGCCUGUCGGGACGAUAUUCAAUGGAAUGAACUUGGCUCAGAAGGCAACUUGAUUUUGCGAGAUGCCAGAAGCUUCAGCCAAUAAUCUCAAGGAUAAUUAUCGAGCAUUGUACAUAGACAAGCAAAUAAAAAACACGUGUGUGUAAUAA